GUCACAGAAAUGACAUUGGAGUUGUCUCUUGAAGUAUGUUCUUCAACUGAUCUCCGGUUCCGGAAAGAUAAUAUCAUGCACAGUAUGAAAUCAUUUCUAGGAGAGGAAAACAGCAAGAACUUGACCACUUCCCGUGAUGUACCAGUGAUAGCGAUACUGGGUUCAGGAGGUGGAUUUCGUGCCAUGGUAGGAUUUGCUGGAGUCAUGAAAGCGCUUUAUGAAUCAGGAGUUUUAGACUGUGCAACUUACAUUGCUGGUCUCUCAGGAUCCACGUGGUACAUGUCAACUUUGUAUUCACACCCAGAUUUUCCAGAAAAAGGACCAAAGGAGAUUAAUCAAGAAUUGAUGAACUCUGUGAGUCACAACCCACUUCUGCUGCUCACUCCUCAGAAAGUCAAACGCUACAUUGAAGCACUGUGGAAUAAGAAAAGCUCAGGGCAGCCUGUCACCUUCACAGAUAUCUUUGGAAUGCUAAUAGGUGAAACACUUAUCCAUAAUAGAAUGGACACCACUUUGAGCAACAUGAAACAGAAAAUCAAUAACGCACAAUGUGCUCUCCCACUCUUUACAUGUCUCCAUGUCAAACCAGAUGUCUCAGAGCUUAUGUUUGCAGACUGGGUGGAAUUCAGUCCAUAUGAGAUUGGUAUGGCAAAGUAUGGCACUUUUAUGUCUCCUGAUUUGUUUGGAAGCAAAUUUUUUAUGGGAACAGUGGUGAAGAAGUAUAGUGAAAAUCCCUUGCAUUUCUUGAUGGGCGUCUGGGGCAGUGCAUUUUCUAUAUUAUUUAACAGAGUGCUGGGCGUCUCCAAUUCUCAAAAUAAAUGUCCCACCAUGGAAGAAGAAUUAGAAAAUAUUAGGCUAAAGCACCUUGUAAGCAAUGACAGUUCAGACAGUGAAGAUGAAUCACAGUGUCCAAAAGGCGCUGAAAAUGCUGAGGCAAAUCAAGAAUAUCCAAACAGCAGCCAAGAAAGCUGGGUGCAGCGAAUGCUGAUGGCUUUGGUGGGUGAUAGCGCCCUUUUCAACACCAGGGAAGGGCGUGCUGGGAAAGUGCACAACUUCAUGCUGGGUUUGAACCUCAACAGCUGUUACCCGCUCUCUCCUCUGGCAAAGCUUCUUACUCAGGAGUCGGUGGAGGAAGAUGAACUAGAUGCAGCUGUUGCAGAUCCCGAUGAGUUUGAGAGGAUAUAUGAGCCACUAGAUGUGAAGAGCAAAAAGAUUCAUAUAGUGGACAGUGGGCUUACAUUUAACCUGCCUUACCCACUUAUAUUAAGACCUCAGAGAGGUGUUGAUCUCAUCAUCUCUUUUGAUUUUUCAGCAAGGCCAAGUGAUUCCAGUCCUCCUUUCAAA